AUGGACAGCCCCCAGCUCUCCCCGUUCAACUCCAAGAGCUCUCCCUUCUGCCUGUCCCCCUCCUUCCAGAUGUCUACGCUGAGUCUCCCGGGGGCGGGCCAGGCCCCCUCGCCACUACAGAGCCCCAUCCUGACUGAGGUGGGCACCAACGGGCUGGAGGAGGAGGAGGAAGGCAGGAGGAAGGUACACUGCCUGCCUCUAUCGAUCUGUCAGUUGAUUCAUUUAAUCAACCUGUCGUUCAAUCACAUUUGUUUAGGUGGAUUUUUUUUUUUUUUACGUGGUGAUUUGUUCAAUCAUAAUUGUAAGAGGUAACAAACUGUCCUUUCCUAUUAAAAAAAAAUAUAUAUAUAUAUAUAUAUAUAUAUAUAUAUAUAUAUAUAUAUAUAUAUAUAUAUAUAUAUAUAUAUAUAUAUAUAUAGAAAUAAAAAAGAUUAUAAAUCUUCUCCAGAGUUCCAUAAACGUUAUUUUGAUAGGUCUAUGAAAGCCUGCAAUUUGCACACAGUAAUGUCGCAUGAAAUUUAUCAGGGCCAAAUUCACUUUUAUUUUAAUAUUUUAUGAGCUAUAUUUUCCAUGAAGCUGUUUUUGAUUUAUUGCCUGAAUACUGUGUGUAUCCAGUGUUGACAUGACCGGUGUUCUCGUUCCUCAGCGAUAUCCCACCGAUAAGGCCUACUUCAUUGCCAAAGAGAUUUUAACCACAGAGAGGACCUACCUGAAAGACCUAGAGGUCAUCACAGUGGUGAGCGAUUCAUGCAGUGUGUGUCUCAUCUGUGGCUGUGUACAAUAUUUUUAUUUUUUUGAUCCGAUAACCUGGAACCCAGAUCAGUUUGUGCGGUCUUGCCGUAAGGCUCUGUCGUAGCCGGCCGCGACCGGGAGACCCAUGGGGCGGCGCACAAUUGGCCCAGCGUCGUCCAGGGUAGGGGAGGGAAUGGCCGGCAGGGAUGUAGCUCAGUUGGUAGAGCAUGGCGUUUGCAACGCCAGGGUUGUGGGUUCAAUUCCCAAAAUAAUGUAUGCACUCACUAACUGUAAGUCGCUCUGGAUAAGAGCGUCUGCUAAAUGACUAAAAUGUAAAACAUUUAAUUGUAAGAAUAGGCAACACAGCACAAACUGGUCUGGGACCAGGCUUUGUGUUCUAGUGCUAAAAUCUGUGUGGCCCCUUUUCUCUCUCUCUCUCUCCCGUCAGUGGUUCCGCAGUGCUGUGAUCAAAGAGAAUGCUAUGCCAGAGGGUCUGAUGACUCUGCUGUUCUCCAACAUCGACCCCAUUUACGAGUUCCACCGGGGAUUCCUCAAGGAGAUAGACCAGAGACUAGCUUUAUGGUCAGUGCUGCUCUCCUCACAUUUUGUCUACAUAUACAAAACAUUACACUAAUGCUGCGGUAAUCUACAUAUUCAAAACAUUACACCUAAUGCUGUGGUAAUCUACAUAUUCAAAACAUUACACUAAUGCUGUGGUAAUCUACAUAUUCAAAACAUUACACUAAUGCUGUGGUAAUCUACAUAUUCAAAACAUUACACCUAAUGCUGUGGUAAUCUACAUAUUCAAAACAUUACACUAAUGCUGUGGUAAUCUACAUAUUCAAAACAUUACACCUAAUGCUGCGGUAAUCUUAUCACAUGAGAAGAUCUAUGUUCUGAGCCUUACUGUCAAAGAGAAGAGGACGGCCUCAAUCCUAUUUAUUUGAAUUUAAUUUUAAAAAAUUGAGACUUUUUUUUUUUUACUGCGGUCUUUUUUACUGUCAAAGCUACAGUAUGUAGUCAGAAGUAUUUUGGUUGUGUCACCAGGGAGGGGCGCUCUAAUGCUCAUGUGAAGGGAGACUACCAGCGGAUUGGAGACGUCAUGCUGAGGAACAUGUGUACUCUCAAGGUGAGACCGGACAGGUUACUACCACCACGCUUAUAGUCAGAUGAGGGACUGUGUGACGAGGUAAACCGUCAAAUUCCACUGUUAUGCGUAAGCUUAGUACUGCGUCUGUUUUGCAUUAAGUUGGAAAAGGGGGAUGGAAGUGAUUUUUUUUUAACGCGGUGUCCACACGACUCAGACCAUUACUGUGUUUUAUAAAGGGAUCCCGGCUUGAGCUUGUAGUUCUCUCCUCAGGAGUUCACCAGCUACCUGCAGAAACACGACGAGGUGCUGACCGAGCUGGAGAAGGCCACCAAGCGUCUGAAGAAGCUGGAGACGGUCUAUAAGGAGUUUGAGCUUCAGAAGGUGUGUUACCUGCCUCUGAACACGUUCCUCCUGAAGCCCAUCCAACGCCUCAUGCACUACAAACUGAUCCUGGAGAGACUGUGUAAACACUACGCCCCAGACCACGCCGACCACAACAACUGCAGAGGUGAGAAUGCUACGGGGCUGAUGGGUGGGACGUCCCUUAGAGCGAUCCUGAACCCUCCUGUAUGGAUCCUGGACCCUCCUGUAUGGAUCCUUAAUCCUCCUGUAUAUACCCCUCUCCCCUUCCCUGUCUACAGAGGCCCUGAAGGAGGUGGCAGAAAUGACCACUCAGCUCCAGAGUAGUUUGAUCCGCCUGGAGAACUUCCAGAAGCUGUCUGAGCUCCAGAGAGACCUGAUUGGCAUCGAGAACCUCACUGCACCCGGCAGGGUGAGUCUAGAACCUCACUGCACCCGGUAGGGUGAGUCUAGAACCUCCUAGAGGGAGACUGGGCACCAGGUCCAGGAGAUAGACUUGAACACUUAGUGACUUGACUAAAUCAAACUCUUACUAAGUUCUGUAGCAUGAAUGAGUGUUUGGGUGCUGUAGCGAUAGGAGUAAUCUGACUGUUGUGAAGAAGAUGGCCAGCACUCACAAAUAAAGUAUAACUGAGAUGUGGUCAGGGUGAGUCUAGUAUUCAGUAGAUGUAGGAAAAUAACAAUAUCUAAUGCUACUUUUCUGGUUCUCAGGAGUUCAUUCGAGAGGGCUGUCUUUACAAGCUGACCAAAAAAGGGCUGCAGCAAAGGAUGUUUUUCCUGGUGAGUAAUGGUGUUUCCGUUUCAACAAUCCCUUCGUUUUGGAUUUCUAUCUUUAUACAAGCUGAGAAAACGAUCAGUAUCGUUCAGACAACGAGAGAUGAAUCUCCUCUCUGAUUGUCUCCUGUAUUAUUUACAUUAGUCAUUUAGCAGGCUCUUAUCCAGAGAGACUUCAUCUACACUGUUCUACACCAGUAGAGGUAUCUCAAUGAGACAAACCUGUACAAAUAAAGGUUAAAUAUAUUGAUGUGUAUCUUUCCUCUCAGUUUUCAGAUAUGUAAUGUUUCAUGCCAGUUGGUGAUCCCUCAGUAUAGACUAUUAGGAUUAGUGUUGUCACGGUACCGGUAUCGCCAUACUAGGAGGUAAGAAAGGAAAGGAAACAUUUCUUGAGGAAAACGGCCUUAUGGUGACGCCCAGAGUCCCAUUUAUAAGGACCAGAGUUUUUAGUCUGCUUUUCUUUUCUGCCGCGGAAAAUCAGGUAUCGCGUUAUCGCCAUACUGGCAUCGUAACCUCUGCCGAGGCCACGACAACUGGAUGACUUCGGAUGUUUCUGGACCUUUAACAAGGGGCUUGUUCGACAUUACAGCCGACGGUGCAGGCGACUGCCGACUGACUGAUCUACAAAUCACCUUUUAUCAAAAAUAAUGACUCCAUUUUAUUAUUUGUAGAUCAGUCAGUCACCAUUUACCCACAAUGCAUCAUGGAUUUGACGCUCUCGAACACGGCCAAGGCGACACUCCAUGUCAACUCCUCCUCCACAUUUACUGGAUUGGUUGAAGGGUGCAGAAGAGAACCUCCCCCCAACAGUUUUUGUAUGGAAUCUAGUUUCAGGUGUUUAUGUUAUGCCUGCUACAUUAGGUUACUGGUGUCAUGACAACCCUAAUUAGAAUGACAACGGUUUGUUUUUCUGGUGUAUCUCAUGGUCUAUAUACUGUCUUCCCUCUCAGUUCUCUGACCAGCUGCUAUACACCAGUAAAGGAGUGACAGCCACCAACCAGUUCAAGGUCCAUGGGCAGCUGCCUCUGCACGGCAUGAUCGUGAGUAUAAGCUGCCUGCCCUGUGUUGACCCCUGACCUUUACCCUGUUAGCCGUGACCUCUUUGUGGUUAAUCUGGCUCUGACCUAGCGGUAACAACCUGACCUAGCUGUGGUAACCUGACCUAGCGGUAACAACCUGACCUAGCUGUGGUAACCUGACCUAGCCGUGGUAACCUGACCUAGCCGUGGUAACCUGACCUAGCCGUGGUAACCUGACCUAGCCGUGGUAACCUGACCUAGCCGCGGUAACCUGACGUAGCCGCGGUAACCUGACGUAGCCGCGGUAACCUGACGUAGCUGCGGUAACCUGACGUAGCUGCGGUAACCUGACGUAGCCGCGGUAACCUGACGUAGCCGUGGUAACCUGACGUAGCCGUGGUAACCUGACGUAGCCGCGGUAACCUGACGUAGCCGCGGUAACCUGACGUAGCCGCGGUAACCUGACGUAGCUGCGGUAACCUGACGUAGCUGCGGUAACCUGACGUAGCUGCGGUAACCUGACGUAGCCGUGGCAACUGCUCCUAAUAAAAGACUCCUCUUCAUAAUGGGGAAUUACGGUUUAAUGUUUACUAGGGUUGCAAAAUUCUAGUAACUUUCACAAAAUUACUACUCAUGUAUAUGUGCAACUAUUUGAUUCAGCAAGUCGUCCCAUGGUGACAAAAGGGACAUUUCAGAAAACAUCACCCUGCAUGGGCUACUCUGUACUGUCAAGGAGAACGAGGGCUCCGUUCAAUCCGUAGUGCGGAAGAUCUGCGUUCUAACGCGAUCGACAUUUAAAGGCAAUGUUACCGCGUUCGCGGAGACCGCAUUCACGGUAAACGCUGCAUAUGUCGGCUCAAUCGGAAAUGACCUUUAAAUGUCAACCGCGCUACAACGCAGAUCUUCCACGCUACGGAUUGAAUCGAGCCCCAAGUUACUGAAAGGUUUUAUAUCAACAUCUCUCAGCUGUCACGAUAGUUCAGUUUUCUGGCUCAAACACUUGUUGAAUGAUGAGUGUUUUUAGCAAGAGUCAGACAGGAAACUGAGGGAGAGAAGUCACUGCUAAAGAAGGAGGGGAGGGGGGGGGGGGGGGUUGGAACGUUAGACCAGGUCAAGGAGACGUGUUUCCAUUGCAUUCCAUAAUAAAGAAUAGCGUUGAGUUGGAAGUUUGGUUAAGGGUGGGGGUUUGGCUGGGGUGAAGUUCGUUUGUCAGUGAGACGACCUCGAGGUCCCUGCUUGGGUCUAACCUGCGUCUCUGCUUCUUCACUUCUGACGCAGCUGAUAGUUUUGGAUGCUCCGGUGAGUACUCUGGGCUCUGUCAGCUAGGACACGCAGCCCUGCUCCCUCUCCCGUGCUUGUGUAGACAAUACAACGCUUGGAUGUGGGCUCUGACGAGACAUCUGUGAUUGGAUGGGAAAAGGGAGAAAGAAGCUGUGUUGGUUUAGAGUGCCAGAUGUGAAUACCUCAGACCAGACGGAUGUACAGCGCAUUCGGGAAAGUAUUCAGACCCCUUGACAUUUUCCACAAUUCCAAAGUGAAAACAGGUUUUUAUAAAUUUUGGCUAAUAUAUUAAAUAUAAAAAACAGAUACCUUUUAUUUAAGUAUUCAGACCCUUUGCUAUGAGACUCGAAAUUGAGCUUCGGUGCAUCCUGUUUCCAUUGAUCAUCCUUUAGAUCUUUCUACAACUUGAUUGGAGUCCAUCUGUGGUCAAUUCAAUUGAUUGGACAUGAUUUGAAAAGGUACACACCUGUCUAUAUAAGGUCCCACCGUUGACAGUGUGCAUGUCAGAGCAAAAACCAAGCCAUGAGGUCGAAGGAAUUGUCCGUAGAGCUCCGAGAUAGGAUUGUGUCGAGGCACAGAUAUGUGUAUGCAGCAUUGAAGGUCCCCAAGAGCACAGUGGCCUCCAUCAUUCUUAAAUGGAAAAAGUUUGGAACCACCAAGACUCUUCCUAGAGCUGGCUGCCCAGCCAAACUGAGCAAUCGGGGGAGAAGGGCCUUGGUCAGGGAGGUGACCAAGAACCCGAUGGGCACUCUGACAGAGCUCCAGAGUUCCUCUGUGGAGAUGGGAGAACCUUCCAGAAGGACAACCAUCUCAUCAGCACUCCACCAAUCAGGCCUUUAUGGUAGAGUGGCCAGACGGAAGCCACUCCUCAGUAAAAGGCACAUGACAGCCCGCUUGGAGUUUGCCAAAAGGCACCUAAAGGACUCUCAGACCAUGAGAAACUAGAUUCUCUGGUCUGAUGAAACCAAGAUUGAACUCUUUGGCCUGAAUGCCAAGCGUCACGUCUGGAGGAAACCUGGCACCAUUCCUACGGUGAAGCAUGGUGGUGGGAGCAUCAUGCUGUGGGGAUGUUUUUCAGCGGCAGGGACUGGGAGACUAGUCAGGAUCGAGGGAAAGAUGAACGGAGCAAAGUACAGAGAGAUCCUUGAUGAAAACCUGCUCCAGAGCGCUCAGGACCUCAGACUGGGGAGAUGGUUCACCUUUCAACAGGACAAUGACCCUAAGCACACAGCCAAGGCAAUGCAGAAGUGGCUUUGGGACAAGUCUCUGAAUGUCCUUGAGUGACCCAGACAGAGCCUGGACUUGAACCCGAUCCAACAUCUCUGAAGAGACCUGAAAAUAGCUGUGCAGCGACGCUCCCCAUCCAACCUGACAUAGCUUGAGAGGAUCUGCAGAGAAGAAUGGGAGAAUCUCCCCAAAUACAGGUGUGCUAAACUUGUAGCAUCAUACCCAAGAAGACUCAAGGCUGUAAUCGCUGCCAAAGGUGCUUCAACAAAGUACUGAGUAAAGGGUCUGAAUACUUAUGUAAAUAAUAUAUAUAUAUAUAUAAAACAUUUUUUUUAUAUAAUACAUUUGCAAACAUUUCUAAAAAAGUUUUUGCUUUGUCAUUAUGGGGUAUUAUGUGUAGAUUGAGGGGGGAAAAACAAUUUAAUCCAUUUUAGAAUAAGGCUAUAAAGUAACAAAAUGUGGAAAAAAAAUCAUGGGGGUCUGAAAACUUUCCGAAUGCACUGUAGACACCCCAGACCGAGAGGCUCUUGGCAGGCCUUCCUGUGAUCUGUUUUGCCUCACCUUCCCCUGCUGCUCUCCUCCAAUCCCAGGAGAGCUCUAACUAACUGCUCUUGUCCAAUCCCAUUAGAGCUGGUGGGAGGGGCCAAAGACCAACGUUUCUUUGCUGAUCUCCCAUCUUACUGGGCCUCUCUCUUUCUUCCUUUAGGUGGAGGAGAGUGAGAAUGAGUGGUCCGUCCCCCACUGCUUCACCAUCUACUCUGUCCAGAGGACCAUUGUGGUGGCAGCCAGGUAAACGCAGAGGCGUUUCACGUAGUCACACAACUGUCAAAGAUCAAGCAAAAAGUUAUGCUUUUAAUCUAAAGACUAAUUUUAAAAUCUUAAUUUUUAAUAGUGAGCCAGAGUUGUGCCUAUGUUUCACUUGAUAUCAGGCACGGUUUAAAAUCCUGAGUCGUAACCCGCCUUGCUCACUUCAUCUGCUGAUCUGUAAAUUCUCCCUUUUAUGAUUGUAGCUCGAAGGUGGAGAUGGGGAAGUGGAUAGAGGAUCUCAACAUGGCGAUAGAGAUUGCCAAAAAGUCUCAGGAGAAAUCAGACCUCUUCCUGGACCCAGGCCUGUGUGAUCGCUCCAACAGUAAGUCAUAGGAUUACCCCUCCUAUAGUGUAUAGUUAGGAUUUUUUUUAUUUCACCUUUAUUUAACCAGGUAAGCCAGUUGAGAACAGGUUCUCAUUUACAACUGCGACCUGGCCAAGAUAAAGCAAAGUAGUGCAAUAAAAACAACACAGGAUCUACAGUACUUAUGCAUGCACCUAGAUGUAGCCUACACUAUGAGAUCCCGCUUUGUUUUUCAUGCAAGUUGUUUUAUAGUGAUAAUGUUUUUAUACUGUCUUUUCCCCUUUUGUUGUUUAACCUUUUAGCCUCGUGAGCUGGAUGUUGUGUAACCUACUAGCUUCGUGGGCUGGAUGUUGUUUAACCUACUAGCCCCGUGAGCUGGAUGUUGUGUAACCUACUAGCCCCGUGAGCUGGAUGUUGUUUAACCUACUAGCCCCGUGAGCUGGAUGUUGUUUAACCUACUAGCCUCGUGAGCUGGAUGUUGUUUAACCUACUAGCCUCGUGAGCUGGAUGUUGUUUAACCUACUAGCCUCGUGAGCUGGAUGUUGUGUAACCUACUAGCCUCGUGAGCUGGAUGUUGUUUAACCUACUAGCUUCGUCAGCUGGAUGUUGUUUAACCUACUAGCUUCGUGAGCUGGAUGUUGUUUAACCUACUAGCUUCGUCAGCUGGAUGUUGUUUAACCUACUAGCCUCGUGAGCUGGAUGUUGUUUAACCUACUAGCUUCGUCAGCUGGAUGUUGUUUAACCUACUAGCCUCGUGAGCUGGGUUUGAAUCCACCACACAGUGGGGAGAACAAGUAUUUGAUACACUGCCGAUUUUGCAGGUUUUCCUACUUACAAAGCAUGUAGAGGUCUGUAAUUUUUAUCAUAGGUACACUUCAACUGUGAGAGACGGAAUCCAGAAAAUCACAUUGUAUGAUUUUUAAGUAAUUAAUUUGCAUUUUAUUGCAUGACAUAAGUAUUUGAUACAUCAGAAAAGCAGAACUUAAUAUUUGGUACAGAAACCUUUGUUUGCAAUUACAGAGAUCAUACGUUUCCUGUAGGUCUUGACCAGGUUUGCACACACUGCAGCAGGGAUUUUGGCCCACUCCUCCAUACAGAUCCUUCAGGUUUCGGGGCUGUCGCUGGGCAAUACGGACUUUCAGCUCCCUCCAAAGAUUUUCUAUUGGGUUCAGGUCUGGAGACUCGCUAGGCCAAUCCAGGACCUUGAGAUGCUUCUUAUGGAGCCACUCCUUAGUUGCCCUGGCUGUGUGUUUCGGGUCGUUGUCAUGCUGGAAGACCCAGCCACGACCCAUCUUCAAUGCUCUUACUGAGGGAAGGAGGUUGUUGGCCAAGAUCUCGUGAUACAUGGCCCCAUCCAUCCUCCCCUCAAUACGGUGCAGUCGUCCUGUCCCCUUUGCAGAAAAGCAUCCCCAAAGAAUGAUGUUUCCACCUCCAUGCUUCACGGUUGGGAUGGUGUUCUUGGGGUUGUACUCAUCCUUCUUCUUCCUCCAAACACAGCGAGUGGAGUUCAGACCAAAAAGCUAUAUUUUUGUCUCAUCAGACCACAUGACCUUCUCCCAUUCCUCCUCUGGAUCAUCCAGAUGGUCAUUGGCAAACUUCAGACGGGCCUGGACAUGCGCUGGCUUGAGCAGGGGGACCUUGUGUGCGCUGCAGGAUUUUAAUCCAUGACGGCGUAGUGUGUUACUAAUGGUUUUCUUUGAGACUGUGGUCCCAGCUCUCUUCAGGUCAUUGACCAGGUCCUGCCGUGUAGUUCUGGGCUGAUCCCUCACCUUCCUCAUGAUCAUUGAUGCCCCACGAGGUGAGAUCUUGCAUGGAGUCCCAGACCGAGGGUGAUUGACCGUCAUCUUGAACUUCUUCCAUUUUCUAAUAAUUGCGCCAACAGUUGUUGCCUUCUCACCAAGCUGCUUGCCUAUUGUCCUGUAGCCCAUCCCAGCCUUGUGCAGGUCUACAAUUUUAUCCCUGAUGUCCUUACACAGCUCUCUGGUCUUGGCCAUUGUGGAGAGGUUGGAGUCUGUUUGAUUGAGUGUGUGGACAGGUGUCUUUUAUACAGGUAACGAGUUCAAACGGGUGCAGUUAAUACAGAAAAUGAGUGGAGAACAGGAGGGCUUCUUAAAGAACAACUAACAGGUCUGUGAGAGCUGGAAUUCUUACUGGUUUGUAGGUGAUCAAAUACUUAUGUCAUGCAAUAAAAUCCAAAUUAAUUACUUAAAAAUCAUACAAUGUGAUUUUCUGGAUUUUUGUUUUAGAUUCCGUCUCUCACAGUUGAAGUGUACCUAUGAUAAAAAUUACAGACCUCUACAUGCUUUGUAAGUAGGAAAACCUGCAAAAUCGGCAGUGUAUCAAAUACUUGUUCUCCCCACUGUAUGUGUGGAGUAUGCUUAUGUGUGUCAGUGGAUAUUCUGGUGUAUCCAUGGACUGUUGGAGCCAGAUGGUACUCCUAUUGGGUGGACUUUGUACAAAUGUACUGUACCCCUCCCUUUUAGAUGUAGCUAACGCCUCCCGUCCUCCCCCCUGCCCCCCCCCCCCUGCCCCUCCGCCCCUCCCCCCCUCCACCCUGCCCCUCUACCCCUCCACCCCUGCCCCUCUACCCCUCCACCCCUGCCCCUCUACCCCUCCACCCCUGCCCCUCUAACCCCUCCACCCCCUGCCCCCUCUACUCCUCCACCCUGCCCCUCUACCCCUCCACCCCUGCCCCUCUACCCCUCCACCCUGCCCCUCUACCCCUCCACCCUGCCCCUCUGCCUCACCCUGCCUACCCUACCCUGCCCCUCUACCCCUCCACCCUGCCCCUCUACCCCUCCCACCCUGCCCCUCUACCCCUCCACCCUGCCCCUCUGCCCCUCCACCCUGCCCCUGCACCCUGCCCCUACCCCUCCACCCUGCCCCUCUACCCCUCCACCUGCCCCUCUACCCUCCACCCCUGCCCCUCUACCCUCCACCCUGCCCCUCUACCCCUCCACCCUGCCCCUCUACCCUCCACCCUGCCCCUCUACAACCCCCUCUACAUGCCCCUUUCCCCUCCACCUGCCCCUCUACCCCUCCACCCUGCCCCUCUACCCCCCCUGCCCCUCUACCCCUCACCCUGCCCCUCUACCCCUCACCCCCUGCCCCUACCACUCCACCCUGCCCCUACCAUCCACCCUGCCCCUCUGCCCUCCUCCCCUGCCACCUCUGCCCCUCCACCACUCUCCCUCACCCUCCUCCACCCUGCCCCUCCCCCCUGCCCCUCCCCCCUGCCCCUCCCCCUCCCCCACCCUACCCCUCCACCCCUGCCCCUCCACCCCUGCCCCCUCUACCCCUCCACCCUGCCCUCUACCCGCUCCCAACCCUCCCUCCCCCCCUCCCCUCCACCCUGCCCUCUACCCCUCCACCCUGCCCCUCUACCCCCCCCCAACCCUGCCCCUCUCCCCUCCACCCUGCCCCUCUGCCCCUCCACCCCUGCCCCCCCCACCCUGCCCCUCACCCCCCCUCCCCUACCCUGCCCCCCCACCCCUGCCCCUCCACCCCUGCCCCUCCACCCUGCCCCUCCACCCCUGCCCCUCCACCCCUGCCCCCCCACCCCUGCCCCUCCGCCCCUGCCCCUCCCCCCCCCUCCACCCCUCUACCCCUCACCGGCACCCUGCCCCCUACCCUCCACCCUGCCCGUCCCCCCUCUACAACCCCUCCACCCCCCUGCUCGCCCCUCCACCCCUCUAAACCCCCCUCCAGAACCCCUGCCCCUCCCCCCUCCCCCCCCCUCAAACCCCCCCCCCCCUGCCCCUCCCCCUCUAUACCACCCCUCCCCCCUGCCCCUCCACCCCCCCCCUCUACCCCUCCACCCUGCCCCUGCACCCCUGCCCCUCCGCCCUCUACCCCUCCAAACCCCGCCCCUCCCCCCUACCCCUCCACCCCUGCCCCUCCCCCCUACCCCUCCACCCUGCCCCUCCACCCCUGCCCCCCAUCACCCCUGCCCCUCCACCCUGCCCCUCCACCCCUGCCCUCCACCCCGGGGCCCCCCUCCCCCCCCCCCUCACCCCCCUCCACCCCCGCCCCUCCACCCCCCCCCCCCCCCCUGCCCCUCCCCCCUGCCCCCUCCCCCCCACCCCCGCCCCCCCACCCCUGCCCCCCCACCCCUCCCCCCCCCCCUCUACCCCUCCACCCCGCCCCCCUAA